AUGGUAAUUAUAAUGACUGAAAAGGGGGCGGAAAAUAUGGUCGAACCGACACAAACAUCGGCCACAAAAAUAUACAGCGGUUCCGACGAUAUCAACGAUAAGUGCUUACAAUUAUGCCGACGCUAUUUGGCCGGAAUUUGGUCGACAGCGACCGUACGGGUGCGGCCCGUGUCUGGCGGACGCACUAAUCAUUUAUACUUAUGUCAACUCACAUCACGGGCAGCUCCGGUAACCGGCGAUGCUUGCGAUGAUGAGCCGCAGCCCCGGGAAGUAAUUGUCAAAUACUACGGCUGGAAGUAUGACUUUAAGAUCGGUCACCCGACCGAACCCCGAUUCAACGACCCGAUUGUGAUGUCCCUAACCUCUCAUAAAGGGUUAGGCCCUUAUGUGUACGGACUCGACCCCGAGGGCGAAGUGCUCCGGUAUUAUAAGCACCGGAUCUUUGCUAAAAGUGACAUCAAUGACGAGCAAUUGAUGACUGGGUUGGCCCGACAAUUGGCCACAUUUCACGGCUUGAACGCACCGGUAGGUCGGAAUCGAGACUGGAUUUGCAACUAUUUUGAGCAGUUUUUGGCCGAAUCGGGCGAUAAAGUUAACGCUAUGCUGGAGGCUGUGCUCCGCGAGUACGGCUGUCAGCUCCGGGAGCCGACCCUUGACCUGAGAGCGGAGAUUCAAUGGCUUAUCGACAGCAUCCGUGGCCAGUGGUCUGACGGGCCGUUGGUUUUCUCCCACAACGGCCUUAAGUUCAAUAACAUUAUAAUCACAGACGAGGAGGGGGUGGAGGGAUCGGCACCGGGAGAGAAGGCAAUGAUGAUUGACUUUGAGUUCUCCACGUAUGGCAACCGUGGCUACGAUCUUGGUCAGUUUUUUAUGCCCACAGUUGAAAUAACCGCUGAUGGUCAAAUUGAGUUUACGGCCGAACCGGCAAUGAGACAAUUCAUCCAGGUCUAUCGCCAGGAGAGUGUCCAACUGUAUGGUUCCCAGUGGGCCACUAAGCCGUAUAAUACGGCCGACUAUAUCCUGACUCACGUUCCCAGCGUAACAAUGGUAAGCCACGCCACAAUAAGAGAUUACCCUGGUGUUUCUAUAAGCGGGUGCGGAGUGGCACAUAUGGGCCAUAAACUAGAAGAGGGGUGUUUCAGUUGGCACACUAGUAACGGGGCGUUGGCUAACGUACGCCGGGGACGACCCGCGGCUCCCGGAGAGGUCCCGUGGAUUGUAUACAUUACGGGCACACAAAACGGAGUUUGCGGGCUACGUUGCACCGUAGCUAAUUUGCGCAUCUACCCUAGCGCGUUUAGCAGCAAACACUUGGAGCACACGCAAUAUUACGAGGCCAAGGAUACACACGUGCACCCCAUGUUUGAAACGUCCGAUAAGGCUAACAAGGAGUAUGACAUCGGGCUAAUCGAGCUGAACACGGCCAUGGUGUUUGACCAGGAGACCAUGACUCUGGCCAGACCCGUGUGUUUGCCCGAUAUGAACCAGAUCAAUCGUGACGGUCAGUACGCCCUUUUUGCUGGCUAUGGCAAUGUUGAUGGACUGCCCAUGGUCGGUUGGACAAGGAUUAAGCCCUUUAAACCGGGUAAGGGUCGGACAAUAGUGGCCACCCGGUACCCAUCGCAGGCGGGCGAGUUUAAAUGCAAGGGUGACAAUGGCGGACCCUUAAUCCAGUACAUUGACAAUGGUGUGGCAAUUUUGAUUGGCGUCUAUUCAGAAAAUAUGGUGUAUAAAAACGGACAGUGUAUGCCUUUGAAGGACAAACACAGUAUGACAUUCACUCGAGUAUCAAGGCAGAUUGAAUGGAUACUCAGAGUGGUCAGACGCAGGCUUAGUAAACUAGAAUAA